CAAGUCCCUCAAUGCUGUCAUAUCUGUCCUUUUUAUUCAUUGCAGGGUUUAUUUUUAGCCUGAAACAACUGCUUCCUAAAAAUGGAGUUCCUAAUGACACGGGAGCUGGACACAGCUAUGUAAGGUAUCCAGGGCUUGGCCUGACAGCUUCUCCUGUCUGUCUCUUUGUUGUGAGCCCAGGACAGCAAAGUUUGUUGCUUGCCACCAGCCUUGCAGAGCUUGGACUGAACGCUAGGAAGGCAGAAGAAAGAGAAACUCGGUGCAGACUCCCACUGGAGCCCUUGGCCUCCUUCUCUUCCCAAACUGAGAAGGAGAGAGACCUUUGCCAGCGCUGCACUGAACUCCAAGGGUUCCCCAAUGAAGGCAACUUGCUGGAUCCUGGCAGGCUUUUGCCUGCUUUUCUGCUGCAAGGCAGAAGAAGGACUGAAUUUUCCCACAUAUGAUGGGAAAGACCGAGUGAUCGACCUGCACGAGAAGAACUACAAGAAUGCCCUGAAGAAGUAUGACAUGCUUUGUCUGCUCUUCCAUGAGCCUGUGAGCUCUGACAGGGUGUCCCAGAAGCAGUUCCAGAUGACGGAGAUGGUCCUGGAGCUGGCAGCUCAGGUCCUGGAGCCUAGGAGCAUCGGCUUUGGGAUGGUAGAUUCCAAGAAGGAUGCCAAACUCGCCAAAAAGCUAGGCUUGGUUGAAGAGGGAAGUCUCUAUGUCUUUAAGGAGGAUCGGUUGAUUGAAUUUGACGGGGAACUGGCCACAGACGUCUUGGUGGAAUUCCUCUUGGAUUUGCUAGAAGACCCUGUGGAAAUCAUAAACAGCAAGCUGGAGCUUCAAGCCUUUGACCAAAUUGAUGACGAAAUCAAACUGAUCGGCUACUUCAAAGGAGAAGACUCUGAACAUUACAAGGCAUUUGAAGAGGCUGCUGAACACUUCCAACCGUACAUCAAGUUCUUUGCCACAUUUGACAAAGGGGUUGCUAAGAAACUGGGUCUGAAGAUGAACGAGGUGGAUUUCUAUGAACCAUUCAUGGAUGAUCCUGUUCACAUCCCCGAUAAACCUUACACAGAAGAGGAACUGGUUGAAUUUGUGAAGGAGCACAAAAGAGCCACCUUGCGGAAGCUGCGCCCAGAAGACAUGUUUGAGACAUGGGAGGAUGACAUGGAAGGAAUCCAUAUCGUGGCCUUUGCUGAAGAAGAUGACCCAGACGGCUUUGAGUUCCUGGAAAUCCUGAAGCAGGUUGCCAGGGACAACACUGAUAAUCCUGACCUGAGCAUUGUGUGGAUCGACCCUGACGACUUUCCUCUGCUUAUCACUUACUGGGAGAAGACCUUCAAUAUUGACCUGUUCAGGCCGCAGAUUGGGAUUGUGAAUGUCACAGACGCUGAUAGCGUCUGGAUGGAGAUCAGGGACGACGAUGACCUGCCCACAGCCGAGGAGCUGGAGGACUGGAUAGAGGAUGUGCUUUCUGGGAAGAUAAAUACUGAAGAUGAUGAUGAUGACGACGACGAUGAUGAUGACGACGAUGACGAUGAUGAUGAUGACGAUGAUGAUGACGACGAUGACGACGACGACGAUGAUGAUGACUAACUGUGACUCUGUACAGUUUGACUUGUGGAGGCUGAGAGGCCUCCCCCUGUGGCAGGUCCCUUCAUCAGAAGACCUGUGUUUGAGCGUCAGCAAGCACCGCCUGCUCCUCCUUUCCCCCUUGCCCCGCUCCCCCUGCCCCUGCUGGGACUCCCGGCCUGAUUCUCAGAGGUGCUGAGCCACCAGGACUGCUAUCUUGGUGGGUGGCACCGGCAGGUGCCCAGCACCGCUGUAAAUCAUGCCUCCGUAGAAAGGACAAUAGGAAUCUGUAGGGAACCUGCCCCAGUGCCCAGUGCAGGAGGAAAGCACCUGCAUGCUCACUGCCAGAAGGACACAGGGAGCCAGUUUGUAUUUUCCAUGCUCAUCAGCCCAUCGUGUACAUCCAAAGACCAAAUCUCACUCAAAACAGAGGGAAGGUCACUGUAAAGUUUAGUCCUUUCAUUAAACAAAAUGCCCUUUGCAGCUACUCUGCCAAGACCACUGGAUCCUGAAAGUUCUGCUAUUGGAAUGUAAAGCUACUUGUUAGCAUACUAGGAGCAGCACAACAUUUGAGGGGGGGAAGACAGUUUUAGGAAUGCUAGUUAGUGUUCCUAAAAUAAUUUUUAGUGAUUCCAUAAAGUGACAGUAUAUUUGUAUCUGACAGAGGAUGCAGAAGCCAACACCACAGUCCCUGUUUGACACACUUUCUUCAAGGAAAAAGUAGAGUAAGUGCAGGUGGUUUUAGAUGGGACAGCACAGCUUGCAAGUUCUUGAGCUUGGAAGUUUCUGAAUGCUGGAAAGGCUGCUGCAGGUCUGAGUCCAGACUCUUAAAGAUGAAGAUCACUGCACUGAGCCUGACUGUUGGUUCUUAAUCUUGGGGAAACACUGGAGCUGACCUCAAACCAGUUCCAAACAUCUGCAGCUGAGGUGGUGAAUGUGAAAUAGCACACUUCUGCCCAUAGAAACUUUCAUAGGGGCUCACCCUGAAGCCUUCCUACUCCCCAUGACCUUCCAGCUUUAGGUGACUUUUAACCAAAAUUCCAUGUAGCAUCUUUUCCCAUGACCAAGGUGUUAGGAGGGAACAUAUCCAUCCAACCAUACUAGAUGCUGGAUUAAGUGAGUUGGGCAAUGAGCAACGAAAGCAUUCAAGCUGGUCAACUUCUACAUAUUCAGCUGCAAAUUCAAUCCCUGCUUGGAGACUUGGAUGUCCCAUGGUAGCCUGUGAGAAACCUCUUCCACACUGAGGUGGAGCUCAUGGCAUCAGCUUGCAGCAAAGGGGGCCAUGAGGUAAAGGGCCAGUGACUGAGUCCCAGUGAGUGCCGCUCCAUCCAUGUGCAGGUCACUUCAACAGCAUUAGAUCUCCCUGCUUUCCCAUGCCAGCAGAUUUCAAUUGUCUUAGCUUCUUAGGUUUGACAAUAGUGCAAUGAAUGGAGAGCUUGGAGAUGCUUUAUCUUUAUAAAUACUUUAUAAAUAUGUUUUCCAGUAAUUCAGACUUGGUAGCGGAGGUGGGAUGUACAUGUCCUCUCUUGAAACAGUCAAAAAACAUUGUUCUGGUCUUUCUUAAGAAAACUGGCUUAUGUCAGAGAUAAGUGAUGUUAGUGGAAAUAAUAGUGCAAGGAACAAGAGAUUCAGUGCACGCUGUAUGAAAAUGAAUCAGCCUGAUGAGAAACAAGGUUUACACACCAUAUAUUUCCUUCAUUGGAUAAGCUGCAAAGCAAGAUUUUAUAGAUUUCUUUUUCUCCUUUACGUUGGUCAGUCUCUUUGUCUCUCUCUUUCCCUCUAUACUUGAGCUGAAAUAGAAAUUUGAAGUUACUAGUAUAAAUUGGCUGAAGUACUGAUCUACUUCUGUGUGUGCCAUGUCCCCUCAGUGGGAGGCGCCAACAUGAAAAACACUCAGCUGGAUGUCUACAUACCUCUGAGAAUGAACGCUGUGCCUACGUGGUAGAUGGCUAUAGGCCAUGCUAGCUUCACACUGAGCAUCUGACACUCAACUAGCACUUUUCAGGCACUAUCUAUUAGCAUGAUAGGACAGCUACGUCCUCAGGUUGGGUAUUAUCUGUGUUAGCCCUUUCUUAUUUCUUUAUGAUGUAUAAGCACUUUCUGGAAGACUUGAACCAAGCGUGUUUGGGGAGAUCAUCUGGGUGUUUACACCAGCGUGCACAGCGGUGAACAGCUCAGCCCCAAUCCAAAGGAUCUGGUGGAGACUUUGGGAAGGUUUGAAAUGCAGUGUGCUGUCAGACUGGAGCUCCUCUCUCCAGAUCAGAAAGGUGACCAGUGCUAUCCCUCUGCUCUGCCCUUUCAGCUAUUUCAGCCGGGAGAGAGGGAACAAGCUGAACUCAAAGACUCAUUUACGCACAUUAGUAAAGAGCAAGAACAGGCUAAACUGGCAGUUUAGUAGUCUCUUAGUCUGUGAUUAAGGGACAAACUCUGCUUAUGUGGCUCACCUGAGAAUAGUACUUGCUUAUCUUUACCUUGGAGAUAUUCCCAGGAGGAAAGCAUGUGAGAUUUCACUCUGUAUAUUAUAACUUCCUCAGCAGCUCUGCAGCCCCAGAUCAGUCAUUGCUAAGUCCUGCCACUCUCGAGAAACGUGAAGAAUAAACCAAGACUUGCUCUACUGCCUUUCCCAGCCAGCACUGCCCCUGGACACCCCAACUGCUUGGAUACUUUCCUUGUAAUACCACUGCUCCCAGACAUAUUUCUAGUCUGAUACGCCUCUGUCCAUAUGCUCCAAUGGACAUAAAUUAGGCAGAAGAAAUAGACCCUGCAAAUAGCAUUGCAGAUGUGUUCAGGUGCACAGGUGGUGGUUAACCUUAUACAGAUACUAGAAAGACCGAGCUCACACUGCAGCCAGUAGGCUGGUGUUGGUGAUUUAUGGAGAAUUCCCCCUGUGUUAUGAGAAAAAGGGCUGAUCAUAUGGCUGCCACUCCUCAGUGGGGCCAGCACAGUUCUUGAAGCGGACUGCCCUUCUCUCUUCCCUCAGUCCCACGUUAUGGUUUCCUUUAGUUCUCUUUGACCACAAAGGGGAUCAUUUUGUCUCCAGCUUUUACUUACAAAGCCAGAAGUGGCUAGUCUCUUCUUUUGGGAUAAACCCAUCAAAAAUUAACAGGUGUUGCAAAAGAGGAAGGAUUGCAGCAACGAAGAACAGCAGGUGGCCAAGGCAAUCUCAUUUACCUACAGCACCCAGGUUCACAGGGACUGAAUGAGAUACAGCUCCUCGUGAAGGAGCUGAAAGUUUGAAUUUGAGUGUCUUCCUUCCAGGGACAGGUAAGAUACCUGUGUGUUGUGGGUUACAGCUGGUGAGACAGGGAGAAACUCUGCACAAAACCACUGAAAUAGUUUAAUUUCCCAGUACACUACUGGUGUAGAUCCAUACCCAUACCUGCAUACCUUACUCUUCUCCAUCUUAUGACAGUUACAUCCAGAGAACUUGGAGGUGCAGUGGGCCACACUCAGUGUUUCUGCAGGUAGGUCUAUUGGACGAGGGCAAAACAGAGUUCAUCAUCUUCAUGUAGUAGAUCUAUCAGAAGCACAGAGGAGGAAGCUCCUGCCGUUGCAGCAGGCCUAAGGACAUCGCUGGAGAGACUCCAUGAACCAGAACUAUGUCUGAGCUAAUGUCAAUUCCAUGGGAAAGUUUCUGAAGGAGAAGACAAGGGUGGCAUAGUGAAGUCACAGGAUGCUUCAUAUUUUCAUGGUCAGCAGUUCUGCUGGUGUUUCUGAGAAUAAGGGUGGUCUCCCAUGCUGGUAAAUUGGACACCUAGGCUGUUUCCCAUCCUGAAGAGGUAGAUAUUGGCUGCUUCUCUGUGUCUGUCCACACAUCAUACAUCAGAAAUGAUUCAGGGAUUCAUUACCAGGGCCAAACAAAAAACAUUGCCUUUUAUUCUCAAUUAAUUAAACAAUUAAUUAGACAGGAACAUAUCAAUUUCUGGCUACUGAAGUCUUACAGUCCUGUGAAAAUGACUCAGGAUUACAUCUGGAUCUCUCUCUGCCUCAGCAAAACUUCAGGGAAGCCCCUUAUAGGGCUAGUCACACACCAAUGCCUGGACUUAGGGACCUGAAGAGGGACAACCAGUGAACAGGCAACAAAGAACCAAGAAAGGGCAUUUAUCCUGGGUUAAUCUGGCUGUGCCAGUAGGACUGAGUCCUAUCUGAGACCCAAGACUUGUUACGCACUGUGCUGCAGCAUCUCCCGCUUAUUCCCCAGUUCCCUCAAGACUGGUACCCCUGACACCCAACCUAGGCCAGCCCAGAUCCAGGGUAAUAACCCUUACCAGGUCUACAAGGUGCUAAACUGUUAAAUUAAUGAAUAAAUAAAAAUUAUUCUGCUACUCUGCCUGAGCAUCAGAUGAGUGGCAAAGCUUCAGGCAUAAGAAAUAAGCCUCAAGCAGAAGAAAAAAGAGUUAAACAGACUUUUGACAGAGUAAUUAUCCCAUACUUUAGCAGCAGUCUGAAAGCCAACCACCCACCUAAGAAGAGCAGCAGCCAUCCUGACUGCGCCCUUCAUUGGCCGUGGGUGGCAAAUGUCUCGAACCAUGGCCAUGGGCAACCUCCUGCUCUGCUUGGGCUGGGAGGAGAACCUGCCUGCCUGUGCAACAAGAAACAUGGGUAAAAAUAAAACUAUGCAUGACCAGUGAGAUUGGCCUGGAGUGGGAUUUUGCUCUAAAAUUCAAACCAGUGUGCCAAAGCCCACUCCUGCUAGUGACAAAGGAAAAGGAGUUAUUGAAUGACAGAAGUAACCAAGCGUUUGAAGAACAGUUUAGCCCCUGCAGAAUGAAAUCACUGAAGGAAUUUGCAAUGCUUCCCAGUCUAGUUACUGAAUUACUAAGCCAGUUUCUCCAACUACUUUCAAAGCAAAAUUAUAAUCAACCGUAGGAUCUGGUAUUAUGAGUACUCAAGAAUGAGCUUUUACAAAAUAGAAGCUAAAAGAUUUACAGAUCUGUUUCACAUCUGUGGUGCAGACUGAAUCAGCUCCUUCUUGUUCCCUGUUUCAAAGCAUGCUCAUAGCAUCUGUCGUGUGCUAAAAGGUCCAAAGAGCUAAAAGUUCUGAGUGUCUCUUAAAGUUCCACAGAGGCUGAAUCAACUGUAUUUUAUCAAGAACUCCCUUCUCUUCACUUUUAUGGAGUUAUUAUUCAUGUAAUCUUUUCAAGUAUUAAAAAGAAGGACUGCAGAAGUCAAAGUAUUUAAAAGCCUGAUUUUCACCUCUGGAAAAAUCAGGCACAAAAUGUUAAAAUUCAAAGAGAAGCUUUAUGUCUAGAGAAAUCUAUGGUGUGUCUGAUUUUGAAGCUUUUGUACAUUCAUAUUCCUAAGGAUGCUGGAGGGAAAGAACAUACCCUGUCUUCUAAGGUCUCUCCCAUCAACUUCUCACUGCCUCCUCCUCGUCUUACUGUUUCUCUUGAGGCUUUAUUUCUUCUUCUGUACUAGGAUACAUAGCGUGGUGGCCACACUGAGCUAUCCUAAAUACUCAUACACAAGUUAUCUCCUUUCUUUCUUUCCUAAAGCUGCCCACGCAACUUACAGGGACCAAUUCUCCCUUCAUCUGGGCCUUGGUCCCACCAGCACAAAACCUCUCUGCUCCUCCCGCAAGCGGGACCACAGGCUGCAGGAGGCAACACUGCUUCCCUGAGUUAUUUGCAUCAAGCCAAGUCAUGCACAGAAGUGAUCUCCUUCACUCAUUUGGCUCUUCAUUCUGUGGGGGGAAGGAAGAUCAGCUCUGGGUUUUGGAGGUGUCUGGCAGUUUUGCAGUGGACUCCAACCUGAUCACUGACUCCUGUAUAAACGUUGGUGUGAAAAAGAAAGGCUUCUCCAACUGCAUUUUGGAAGGACACAGGGAAACGGAGAGGAGAAUGGAAAACAGUUUUAUUUCUGUUGGAGGUACUCUCUGGUACAAGCUAGCAGCAGGGCUGUAAAAUGUGUAACAGCACUUCAAAGCAACCAGGGUAACCUUAUUCAUAGUGAUUUAUGCAUGUGCAAUCACUGCACUAAACCACCCGUACCUCCACCUGGUCCCUGCAGCACGUGGGUUCUCACGUGAAAAGGGGAUGGACACCCCUGACCCCACGGAUUAUUUGUCAGGCCGGAAAGAACUGUAACCUAAGCCCAUCACCAUCCCAGUCCAACAUAAACUCAGGAGCAGUGUUGAAAGACAAAUCAAAAGCACCGCUUGGACAACUCCCUCCAUGCCUUCCUGUCCCACACACUGUUGCAGCACACACAGACAGAGAUCCCCCUCCUCUAGCAUCAUGCCCUGCCCAGAGCUCAGGGCCUGCCUGGCUGCCCUGGCUCUCCCUGGGAGGCCUCAGCUCAGUCUCUCUCCACACUUUCCCGGGGUUCAGAUCUAGGGCAGGAGCAGCAGAGCCGAUGCAUAGAACCUGUUUUGAGAUUGGAAGCUCUGCUCAUCACUGCAGCUAGAUGUUUCAUCAAGCUGUUUAUUUAGCUAAUGUUAUCACGACUUGAGGCACUGCUAGUGUUGCAUGCAAGGCUCUGGAGCCAGCAAAGAGACGAAUCCCUUUCUUUAACCCGUGUGUUACACACAGACCACACCUUUGCCCCAUUUCUCCCCACUGAAUUCUCCGAAGGCAAAGUUCCCUCAGCACACGUAACCAUGAGGCCUGGUCCCACCACCACACCACACAGUCAGCAGACCUCCUCAUGUCCUAGGCCACACUUCAGGCACCGCCUCGCUCAGCAUCAGACACUUUACCUCAGCAGGCAUUGCUGUGCUGUCUCGGGGCAGCCAAAGCUUUCAGGGCACUGCAAAAGGAGUUCUUCCUUCCUAAACAACUCCAGUACCCCCCUUCAGGAGCAAGGCGCUCACCUCAUGGGCAGCACACCCAGCUCAUCCACGCGCUGUUCCCAGUCACUGCCUCCUUCCCCAUCUUGUCAGGAGUUUGUGUGGGCAGCACUUGCCCCAGCAGUGUGCCCGGGGCUCCCUCACACCUCAAGGACCCUCAUGACUCCAGUGAAAGAUUUGGCCAACCCAGAGCAGCACCCUCAGCUCUAAUUUCUGCUGAGCUUCAUACCGCAGCCCCUUAUGAUUCAGAUACCUGAGCUCUGGGCGAAAGCCAGGGGAACUGGUCCCUCUGGCAAAGCCUGUUUCUACCUUCAGUUUCCACAACCCAUAGCUAGAAAGCACAGAGACCAACAGCACAAGAAGGACAUGAAGCUGUUGGAAGGGGUCCAGAAGAGGCCAUGAGGAUGCUCAGAGGGCUCAAGUACCUCCUCUGUGAGGACAGGCUGGUUCAGCCUAGAGAAAAGAGGAACUUUUUAAUAAGAGCACGUAGCGAUGGGUAAAAGGGGAAUGGUUUAAAACUAAAAGAGGAGAGAUUUCGAUGUUAGGAGAAAAUCCUUUACUCAGAAGGUGAUGAGGCACUGGGAACAGGCUGCCCAGAGAAGGUGCAGACAGCGCAGGGCAGGACAGUGUUGCUGGGCCCCACCAGCAGGAUGAAGGGACAUGGAUCAAAAGCAGAAAUCAAUGGAGAACAGGAGGCAGCACACCCCACCCCACCCUUCCUUCUUCCUUCUGGGCUUUGGUUGUUAGCCCAAACACCUUCCUCUCCCUCUAAGCACAGAAUUACUUGUUGGGAUGUUUCUCUCCACCAGCGUUUGUAUUUUUAGCACUUAUCUCAACAAUUGCUGCACUGUGUUUUUCACCACUCCACAGCAUCCUGUGGAUUUUUCCAACAGCUCAUAGAGAAGAGCUGCUUUGCAUGGUGAAGUGGUGAGAGCCCAUGGGAGGGGCUGUCCUAAAGAGCAAGGCACCAAGGGCCUACAAGACAUGGUCUUUCAAAGCUCUCGGCACCAUGAGGAUGGGAACAGCUGCGCCCACAGAGUGAUUUCAAGGCAAGAAGCCCUUAAAGUCAUUUUUAGCAGAGCACACAUCCAUUGAGCAGGCUCACAUCCACUGAAACAAGGAGGCUUUGCCUCAACACUCCUCCUCCCCACCAGAUCCUAAUAAAGGAUUCAGCCACAAAUCCUACACUUCAUAAUAUAUGAGCAAAGAAUACAGCAGGCAGAAAAACCUGUUCCAGCCCCAGCCCCCCCACCGCACACCCUCACCAGCUGUAUUUGCUCUCCAUCCUUGGAGAUUUCAGGUGUUCAAAGCAGUCACCUACCAGUCUCACUUCAAGAGUGAUAAAUGAGUUUGCAUUUUACUAUGGCAGGGUGGAUCAGAAAGGUCUGAAAGGAAGGUGACACAAGGCAGCCUCAAAUAGGUUAACCCACAUGUUUGCAGGGCCCCUCCCAGCCACAACUUAGGAAUGCCUGGAGGCCAGAGCCCCUUUUCUUCUUCUUUUUUUUUGUGUGUGUGUCUGAAAAGAUAAGAGGAAAGAGUGGGACAAUCAAAUCUGGUUUCAGUUUAUUUCCAGAAUUUUACUGUACAAAAUAUGCAAAGUGUAAAACGGUUUUAUGUUUCAGUUUAAAAACAACAAAAACCCAUCCAGCUAUAACUGAAGAGAACCCAGCUUGGAACAGAACGACUUACUAGACGAAACCCACAGUGCAUUAAUGUCACAGACACCAGGAAUUUGCUUAUUUAAGUCCAUGAUUAGAAAAGAACUGAAAGACCAUGUACCACUGCAGUUAAAGUCACAUGUGCAAAAAGGAGGGGGAAAAAAAAAAAGAAAAAAAAAAAGAAA